AUUAUUUAAAUGAAAUUAUUUCUAGCUUGGUACCAUCUUCACUUUAAAGGAUGCUCUGCUCUUCGUCUUCAUCCACGCCAAGCUCAACCCUCCAUACACAGAGAGACAAAGAGUGAGAGAUAGAGUACAGGUUAAUGGCCGUAGACCAAUCUUAUUCCUGUGGCCAUGCAGAUGAUGACUACAUUGACAUGGAAGUGAUAAGUUCCUCUCAUAAUUUCUUUCACUACUCCAUUAGCUCCCCACCUCAGAGCAGAGAGUUUGAGUUUCAGAUGUCCUCAAUUUCUAAUGAUAGAGAAACUACCACUUCUCCUGCUGAUAAGCUCUUUUACAAGGGAAAACUUCUCCCUCUCCACCUUCCUCCUCGCCCGCAAAUGGUUGAAAAGCUCCUUCAAGACUCCACAACCAAUACUUUUGAACCUUUUGAAGAAAACUAUUCUAUUCCUUUCAUUAAUCCGAGCUUCUCUACCACCACCACCUCUCUGGAAUCUUGCAAUAUCUCACCUUCAGAAUCUCGCAGGGUUAUUAGCGAACUAAACCCAGAUGAGUAUUUCUUUGAAUUGUCAACUGAACUUAACAGCUUCAUUGGAUACCACCCAAUAAAGAAGUCUUGGACCAAGAAGUUGAAGCAAUCCGUACUGGGUCAAAAACUCAAGGCUUCGAGUGCCUAUCUCAAGUCUUUGUUCAGUAAAUCUGGCCGCACAGAUAAGUCCUGCACUAAACCAGCACGCAAUGUAGAACCAGAAUCUGCCCCUGAUGGUAAACAUUGUCCAGGAAAGUACAAGGAGGUAGCCAAGAAAAACUCAUUUAGUGAAAUUGAUAGUGAGAAAUGCAAGAUUUCAAAUACUCUCAUGAAAAUCAUUGACAAAGAAACGUUUAGAGAUGGUUUUCAUAGCCAAAGGAGGUCCUUCUCAGGGGCUAUUCAACGGCAUUCUGAAAACAAUUCGUUAUCAUUUUCUUCUGGUUCUUCUUCAUCUUCUUCAUCCUCAUCUUUUCCAUUUAGUUCAUCAAAUGGGUUUUGUGAUUUACAAUUGCUCAAGAGAAGUAGCAGUGCGAAUUCAGAGAUAGAGAGUUCAAUCGAAGGAGCUAUUGCCUACUGUAAAAAAUCUCAUCAGCAGCUAUUUGUUUCUAGGAAGACUGCAACUGAAGUUGGGGUUUGUUCAUUAUCAGCUGCUUCAAGAAUUGCAGCUUCUGGGGAUCAAGAAAGGCCUAAACUCUGCACCAUAUAAAGGUAAGUGAAUGUUAUUGAUCGAUCGAGAUGGGAUAUGAUUGAUUUCAUUCUCAUUUCUGAUCAAACAUUUUAAACGCAGUGUGAUUUUCUUGAAGAUGUAGUGGUUUCAUUGUAUAUCAUCUCGAAGAUUUUCUUUUGGAGUGUCCUUGUACUUUGCACAAAUCAUCAAGUUGUUCUAGUAAGAUAAAUCCAAAAUCUAUUUCUUGGCUGGA